UGACAGCAGAGCCCAAUGCUCAGAGGGUCUCUGGCACCCAAAGGUCUCUUACAGCCCGAUUCUAGUGGAGCAACAGCCGCCUGUUGUCUCUGACAGAAACGUUGUGGCGGGUGUGAUGCUCAGCGCCUUCUCCAACUCUCAUCUCUGUGGAUUCACAUCUGUCCAGAGCGUCGCUUCCUCUGUCAUCUUGGCAUCACAGACACUCCGUCAGCGAACCCACCACAUACAUAUUUUAAGAGGAGUGGGAUGGACAGUUUGAUCCUGGGGGCUGGUGACACUGAAGUCCUGGUGAGAUGUCCUUUAGUGGCAACGAGAUCCAGUCUUCUCCGUCAACAACAGCUCCAACUCUGCCCUUCAGCAGAUCCACCUCUCCACAUUCCCUACCAUGGGAGGAGGGAAAAAACACUAAUGAGUCUGUGCAGGAGUGGUUGGGGAAUAAGACCCUGCUCCUCUCAGACCUCGCUGUUGAUGAGCAGUGCCCUAUGUCUCCUGUCCUCACAGGGUGUCUAGUCGUGUGGUACAGCAUGACAAUGGUGCUGGGGCUGGUGGGGAACAUCGGCCUCAUCUGCAUCAUCGCCCGUUGCAGGGAAAAAGUCAAUGUCACUGGCAUUUUCAUCUGCAACCUGUCAUUCUCUGACAUUCUAGUGUGUGUCUUCUGCCUCCCCUUUACUGUCAUUUACACGCUAAUGGACCAUUGGGUGUUUGGGUCGCUGUUAUGCCGGCUGGUGCCGUUCAUCCAGUGUGCGUCUGUGACCGUGUCUGUGCUGUCUCUGGUGUUCAUUGCUCUGGAAAGACAUCAGCUCAUCAUUAACCCCUCUGGCUGGAAGCCAAGCAUUUCUCAGGCCUACAUUGUGGUGGUUCUCAUUUGGAUUCUGGCCUGCUUCACCUCCUCACCUUUCUUGGCCUUUCAGCUACUCACUAGCGAGCCCUACGUCAUCCUGCCCCAGUCUCCGCUCCAUCACCGAGUCUCUCCUCAGGCUUAUCUCAAUGCAUCUCCACCUCAACCUGUUUACUACACAUACAAAAACUCAUCUGCGCUUCCAAAUUCAUACCACACACUUUUUUCUUAUGCCCCCGCUUCUCCACACAUGGUGGCCUGUCUGGAGCACUGGCCUUCCCAGCAACACAGGCUUGCUUACACCACAUGGCUCCUUCUGUUCCAGUACUGUGGUCCACUAUUGUUGGUCCUGCUCUGUUAUGUUAGAGUUUAUGUGCGCCUUCGCCAACGCAAAGACAUGCUGGACCGUGCCAGGACACCAGAGAGCCAGAGCAUGACUCACAGCCGCCGAAUCAACAUCAUGCUGGUCGCCCUCAUCACAGCCUUUGCUCUUUGCUGGCUGCCGCUCACCAUCUUCAAUGUGGUGUCAGACUGGAACCAGGAGGCUCUGCCCAUCUGCCAUCACAACCUGCUGUUCUCCCUCUGCCACCUGCUGGCCAUGUCGUCCACCUGCAUUAACCCCAUCAUCUAUGGCUUCUUAAACUCCAACUUUCAGCAGGAGGUGAGAGAGGUUCUCCUACACUGCCGCUGCAGUCAGCUAGAGGAAGAGUGUGAGCGUUUCCCCAUGUCCACUGUGCACAUGGAAGUGUCCCACAUCUCCGUGCCUAUUAGCUGCAGGAGCAACUCUUUAAUAUUACAACCUGAAGGAUCCUGCUGUAGUAGGAUAUAGUCACAUAAACUGUAAAGACUAACUUCUGCUGUUUGUUCUACAUUUUAAUGAGAGUAGCCUACAAUAGCUUUGACAUUGACUUAAAGUGCAACAUUUUUAUCAGUGGUCUGAAAUGAAGUGUGCUGUACAAUGUUGGUUUAUCUUAUUCUGCUGUAGAAAAAAGGAGUGCGUUAAUGUUUCUAAAGAAAGUGUCAUCAUUUCAAACUAAUCUUUGCUGUGUCCCUAUUAGACGCUUCAUACUAACUGUAUACAGUAUUUCAUAAAGUAAACCGCUUUUUUUGAAGACAGUAUCCAUGAUUUUAUUUCCAUUUUAUACUAACAGGAACUGAUCAAAAGUGUCCCCCGUUGGACGUCAAUUAAACUGUGACUUUGGAGAGCUACUGCCCCACCACGAUCAUCAAAACACCAAAAUGAGGCCUCCAGUGGAAUUCCAGAGAUGGAAGUUGUUCUCGAGGCUUGUGGUGAAGCAAAGAACUAUUAAGAAACUUUUGUAUGUUGUUUUUUGUAGUGCUUCUGUUUUAUUUCUUACAUUUUAUUUGUUCUUUUGUAUAUAUGACAUGUGUGCAGUGAAUUAAUGUGUAAUUUUUGUGAUUAAUGUGACUCAUAAAGGUAAGGUAGAUGUAACAGUUUAUAACAGUGUUAAAAUAUAAAUUUGCUUUAGAUGAGUUGAAUAAAUAAAUA